CAGAGCAAAUGGGACUUUCCGAACAACAUGGCCGCCGAGUGGGAAACUGAAGAUGUCUGAAUCUAUGUCAAUGUCAACAGUCUCUGUCAACAAGAUAUUCCCUCAACUCCUGGAUCCUAUGCCUCAGAUUUCGGGCAGCAACAAACGGCAUAACCAAAGGGAGAUGUUUUGAGGAAGGCAUGCCUGGCAGUGUACUAAUCCGGUUGCAAGAGUAGAAGUAUACAGAAACAAAGCAAGACAUUGCUCCAAGAUGAAGGAUUUUUCGGAACAUUGCCAGGAGGUUCUUCGGCGCCUGAACAGCCAACGACUCAACAGUCAGCUGUGUGACAUCACCAUUAAGGUGGAGGGUCACCAGUUCUCGGUUCACCGGGCGAUCCUGGCGGCAUGCAGCGACUACUUUCUGGACCUCUUCACAUUCCCUAUGGGGGAGAAACUGGACUCAGUGGAACUUCCAUGCGUGACUCACAAGGGCUUGGCACCGAUCAUCGAGUACGCGUACACGGCCAGUCUACCCCUGACCAAUGAAAACGUCAUCGACGUGAUCUCUGCGGCUAGCCGGCUGCACAUGUGUGACAUCAUCGACGAGUGUUCCGUCUACCUGAAGGAAAGCUGGCCAGAACGGGGAAGGUCUGCUCACAUCCUGUCAGCCAUGGCCAAUCGGACGAAGCAGAGCCCGACCAGCCAGAUGCUGCAGAACCAGCACCUGCACAUGCUGCUGUCCUCCAGCAAAACCAGCCCAAACCGGUCAGACAAGACCAGUCCUACACAGGUGGAGGUCUUACAGGUGGACAAGCAUGGCCAGGUGAGCAUCUCCAGAAGUGGUCUCCAGGACGGCAGUCCACCUGUGCUCCAGACGGGACAGGAGACCCGACCACACGGCUUCGGCAUCAUGGAGGGAGAACCUCGCACCAAACGGCUCCGGAAAGCCAGGCACCCGCUUCCCAGUCAUUCCAUCCUGCGCCAGGCUUUCGGAGCCUCGCAUUCCCCUGAGGCGUCCAUUGUCGCUGUUCCGGAACAGCCGUCAUCAUCUGGGGACAACGGUCAGGAAGAGGACAUUUCAACGGCUGUUAGUCCUCCAGUCGUCAUCAAACAGGAACCUCCAGACGAGUUUGAUCUGACGUUGAGAAGGUCCCUCCGAGAGCCGGACAGUCAAGAGGGGGGUGACACUCCAGUUGCGGAAGAGAACGUGGAAAGGCGGUAUUCCAUCCAGUUUGAGUCAUUCCACAGCCCCCCUGGCGCAGACGCAGACAUGUUUCUACUGCCAGACAGUAACAUGCAGGCUCGCCCGUCAUCCAACACAGGCACCGUCUUCAAAUCCGAGCAGCAAGAAACAGUGACGUUACAUGAAGAAACGGGAGAGAAUAGCAAUUCCAACUCAAUGGACAACUCCGCACUGGACUUAACAGCCGCCCAGCAAACUCUGAGUCCGCAAUUCUCCCAGACCGAAGAGGGAUACAACGUUGAGGAGGAGGAAAUUGGCGAGGUGUCGAGCACGGAAGUUGACGACGUGGGGCAGCCGAUUUGGAUCCAGAAGCCUCAGGACUGUACGAACUGCGGGCGAACAUUUGCGGAUGACGAAGUUCUCCGUCAGCACCUGGAGAGCUGUAGCCCCGACAAGCCGUACCGCUGCCCCAUCUGUAACUAUGCCUUCAAGAAGCCCACUCAGCUCAACGCUCACAUGAGGGGCCACUCGGAGCAGGAGAGGAUGGCUCGCUCCCUCGUCAAGUGCAAGCUGUGCGACGCCAAGUUCACCUCUCAAGGCUACCUGAGCCGGCACAUGAAGUCCCACUCUGCUUUCCGUCCUCACCUCUGUAAGGUCUGCGGCGCUCACUUCUCCGCCAGCGCGAACCUGCUCCUCCACAUGCGCAUGCACGAGGGACGCAGCCCGUACAAGUGCGACCUCUGCAACGCUCGCUACAUGCGUCCGGGUGACCUCUCCAAACACGUGCGCUUGUUCCACAAGGAGAAGCCAUUCCAGUGUGCGGCAUGUUCCGAGUCGUUCAGCUACCAGAUCUGUCUGGAGAUGCACGUGCUACGGUACCACACACCCAUGCAGAUUCCUGAUGAAAGUAGCGAACAGGAUGAGAACAACUCUACCGUUGGUAGUGGCGAAGAGAACGCUAAAGAGGAAACUGAU